ACACUGCAAAGUGGUGUGAACAAGCUUGCGGAUCUUGUUGGGGUUACUCUUGGUCCGAAGGGCCAGAAUGUUGUUCUAGAGAGUAAGUAUGGCUCCCCAAAAAUUGUUAAUGACGGGGUGACUGUGGCUGGAGAGGUUGAAUGGGAAGAUCCAGUAGAGAACAUUGGUGCUAAAUUGGUUAGACAAGCAGCUGCCAGGACCAACGACUUGGCUGGAGAUGGGACAACCACAUCUAUUGUUCUUGCGCGAGGUCUUAUCACCGAGGGUGUAAAGGUGGUAGCAGCUGGUGCAAACCUUGUUCUGAUUACCAGAGGCAUUGAGAAAACAACAAAAGCUUUGGUUGAAGUGCUUAAGCUAAUGUCUAAAGAGGUUGAAGACAGUGAACUAGCAGAUGUGGCUGCCGUUAGUUCACGUGGGUGCGCCUCAGUUAUGCAUGUAGAUUGUGAUGCUUUGAGGCUAAAGCAAGUUGAGGAACAUUGUUACUACAAUAGGAGGGCCACCACGUGGGCGUGGUUGUUAAUAGGCCACCCAUGCUAACUGGUUGAUUGCGUGUUGCUGCCUCUUGUGGUGAUUCAAAAUUGGUUUGGUUUUUGAAUGGCUCGGGUGGGCCCAAAGCACGUGGGUUUA